UGGUGUUAUGGAUCGCCCGGUAACUUCGAAACCGCGAGGGAUUUGUCGAUAUUAUAACACUCCACGUGGUUGCUUUGCAGGCGAUCAUUGCAAGUUCCUACACGGUCCAAACCAGCAGUUUACGCCAUAUGACGAGUCAAAAACUUGUAGAUAUUUCAUACAGGGACAUUGUCGGCGAGGAAACCAGUGCUGGUUUCGGCACGAAGCAAAGUCAGACGUUGCAAAGGGAGGCCCGUCGGAAGAAGCUUGCAAUAUAUGUCUAGAAAAACCGACAAGCUAUGGACUGCUGGCUGAUUGUAGUCACGUCUUCUGUCAUCAGUGUAUCAUACAGUGGCGCGAUCCAGAGGGCAAGUCGUCAGAUAUGAAGAUCUCUGGCGUCACCAAGAAGUGCCCUUUAUGUCGAGUUACCUCUCGCUUCAUCACUCCAUCCAGUUACUUCUAUCCGCAAAACGAUCCCCGGAAGCAGGAAGUUAUAAACAACUAUAAAGAAAGCAUGGCGCGAGUAACCUGCAAGUACUUUGCCCAAACAUAUGCUUGCGGAAAGCCUUGUUGCCCGUUCGGUUAUGAUUGUUUUUACGAACAUAAGAACUCAGAUGGAACACCCUUCGUCUUUCGUCAUGGUGUCAGGCACUACAUGAAGGCAUUCAAGCGGCAACAGAACCCAUUUGCCUUCUUCCACGCCCACGAAAAUAGCUAUCCUGCCAACUAUUCUGGAUAG